GGUUACAGAAAUGUGAUGUUACUUCUUCCUUACAGCUUGACUGUGUGUUAUCCGGUGUCUGCCAUAGAAUAUGUAUUUACAGGACCAAGGAUUAAGAUUCCAUUGCAGUAUUUAGUAGAAAUUGAAAACAGCAUAAGAAAAUGUCCAGCACAGAAUCAAAUGCAGUUUCCAUCUGGAUAUGGACUGCAUCCUCAAAACUAUAUUGCUCCCUCAGGACAUUAUGCCCAAGGACCUGGGAAAAUGACCUCGUUGCCAUUGGAUAGCCAGCGUGGUGAUUACUACUCUGGUCUUUAUACGGUACCAACGCAAAAUGUGGUGACUCCUAACACAGCAGGCCAACAACCGGGAGCACAGCAGAUGUACGGCAGGGUCCUUCCUGCCCCUCACAUGGCAGGGUCUGCCCUGGGGUCUUUCCCGGGUGCCACGUCAUCAGCCUCCCACGUGCAUACGAGUGCCUCUGUGAAUCACCACAACAGUCCAGCCGUGGGUGCUGCCAACUCUUCUGUUGCUUCUCAGGGAUUUCCCUCUACUUGUGGUCACUAUGCUAUGUCAACUGUUUCUAAUGCUGCGUAUCCUCGUGUUUCAUAUUCCUCUCCACCUGCUGGUGAUCCAUAUGGGCAACAAAUGUUUACCUCACAGAAUGCUCCUCCGGUCAGGCCGAUCAGAGAUAAUUCAUUUUCUGGUCAGAAUACAGCUAUCAGCCAUCCAUCACCGCUGCCGCCUCCACCGCCACAACAGUACCACCAGGAGCAGAGUCUUUCAGGAUACAGUACUCUCUCGUGGUCUGCUUCAGGCCUUCCUUCGACUCAAGACAAUCUCCUCCGAAACCACACUGGCUCCCUGGCUACGGCCAACAACAACCCAACAAGUCCCGUUGCAGAUUCUUUAUCCAGUUCUGUUAUGCAAAAUGUCCAGCCUCCCGUGUCCAGCCCAGUAGUCUCCACUGUUUUGUCCGGAGCCUCAUCAGCAAGAACGCCUGCUGCUGCGUGUCACCCCGCUGAGCCUGCGGCCUCAGUUACACAGCCCUCAGAGCUGUUCCAACAGAAAGGCAUGCAGUAUGGUGACUAUGUUAAUAAUCAAGCUAGCUCCGCGCCGACUCCCUUGUCAUCCACUUCCGAUGAUGAGGAAGAGGAGGAGGAGGAUGAGGAAGCAGGUGUGGACAGCUCCUCCACCACGAGCAGUGCUUCUCCAGGGCCCAACAGUUACGACGCCCUGGAAGGAGGCAGCUACCCAGACAUGCUGUCUUCAUCAGCCAGCAGUCCUGCUCCUGACCCCGCUCCUGAGUCUGACCCAACGUCAGCUCCAGCUCCCGCUGCUCCUCAGCCUUCAAAAGUGGCCAAGCCGUUCGGGUAUGGUUAUCCAGCGCUUCAGCCUGGUUAUCAGAAUGCUGCCGCUCCCCCUGGUUCUGGGCCUCCAUCUGCCAGCCCCGUGUAUUCUGGAUUCCAGCAGUAUGCUCAGCAGUAUCCUGGUCUGAACCAGCUGUCCUCCGGCCUGGGAGGGCUGAGUCUGCAGAGCGCCCCGCAGCCAGAGAGCCUGCGGCCUGUGAACCUCACUCAGGACAGGAAUGUCCUACCUGUGACUCCUGUGUGGGCGCCUGUCCCCAACUUGAAUUUAGACCUCAGAAAAUUAAACUGUAGCCCAGAUUCGUUUCGGUGUACUCUGACCAGCAUUCCACAGACACAGGCUCUGCUGAACAAAGCGAAGCUUCCCUUAGGACUGUUGCUACAUCCAUUCAGAGACCUCACGCAAUUACCAGUGAUCACGUCCAACACCAUUGUGAGGUGCCGGUCCUGCCGGACGUACAUCAACCCCUUUGUGUCCUUCAUCGACCAGCGCAGGUGGAAGUGCAACCUGUGCUAUCGGGUGAACGACGUUCCUGAAGAAUUCAUGUAUAAUCCCCUUACUCGAUCUUAUGGAGAGCCUCAUAAACGACCGGAAGUUCAGAAUUCGACUGUGGAGUUCAUUGCUUCUUCAGAUUAUAUGCUUCGUCCUCCUCAACCUGCAGUUUACUUGUUUGUUUUAGAUGUGUCUCAUAAUGCAGUGGAAGCUGGAUAUUUGACAAUUUUGUGCCAGUCACUGUUGGAAAAUCUAGACAAGCUUCCUGGAGAUUCACGAACAAGAAUAGGAUUCCUGACCUUUGAUAGCACUAUUCAUUUCUACGAUUUACAAGAAGGAUUGUCACAGCCUCAGAUGUUGAUUGUGUCUGAGAUAGACGAUGUUUUUCUGCCUACACCAGAUAGCUUACUUGUGAAUCUACAUGAAAGUAAAGAGCUUAUAAAGGACUUACUGAAUGCAUUGCCGACUAUGUUCACCAACACAAGAGAGACACACAGUGCCCUCGGCCCUGCGCUUCAGGCUGCCUUUAAAUUAAUGUCUCCAACAGGUGGCCGUGUGUCUGUGUUUCAGACACAGUUGCCUUCCUUGGGUGCAGGACUUCUACAGUCCAGAGAAGAUCCCAAUCAGAGAUCGAGCACAAAGGUUGUACAACAUCUUGGCCCUGCAACCGACUUUUACAAGAAGCUCGCUUUAGAUUGCUCAGGACAGCAGACCGCGGUGGAUCUGUUCCUCCUGAGCUCACAGUAUUCUGAUCUCGCUUCUCUAGCUUGCAUGUCCAAGUAUUCUGCAGGGUGCAUCUAUUAUUAUCCGUCUUUCCACUGUACUCACAAUCCUUCACAAGCAGAAAAGUUACAGAAAGACCUCAGACGAUAUCUCACAAGAAAAAUUGGAUUUGAAGCUGUUAUGAGAAUAAGGUGCACUAAAGGUCUUUCAAUGCACACUUUUCACGGGAACUUCUUUGUCCGUUCCACUGAUUUGCUGUCCCUUGCCAACAUCAAUCCUGACGCGGGGUUUGCGGUGCAGCUGUCGAUCGAAGAGAGUCUGACAGACACGUCCCUGGUGUGCUUUCAGACAGCCCUGUUGUACACGUCGAGCAAAGGUGAGCGGAGAAUUAGAGUACAUACGCUUUGUCUGCCGGUGGUCAGCUCCCUAGCAGAUGUGUAUGCAGGAGUGGAUGUACAGGCUGCCAUCUGCCUUCUGGCAAACAUGGCUGUGGAUCGAUCGGUGUCGUCAAGCCUGUCGGACGCGAGAGAUGCCUUAGUGAAUGCUGUGGUGGAUUCGCUCUCCGCGUAUGGCUCCACCAUCUCAAAUUUACAGCACUCCGCGCUGAUAGCGCCCAGCUCCCUCAAGCUGUUUCCUCUCUAUGUUUUGGCCCUUCUCAAACAGAAAGCAUUUAGAACGGGCACAAGUACACGCCUGGAUGACCGUGUGUAUGCCAUGUGUCAGAUCAAGUGUCAGCCGCUUGUUCAUCUAAUGAAGAUGAUCCAUCCCAACUUAUACAGGAUAGACAGACUGACGGAUGAGGGUGCGAUACAUGUAAAUGACAGGGUUGUCCCACAGCCCCCUCUUCAGAAGCUGUCUGCAGAGAAGCUGACAAGAGAAGGUGCUUUCCUUAUGGACUGUGGCUCUGUUUUUUACAUUUGGAUUGGAAAAAGCUGUGACAACAACUUCAUAGAAGAUGUACUUGGGUGUCCUAAUUUUGCUUCGAUACCACAGAAAAUGACACAUCUUCCUGAGCUAGAUACACUCUCUUCAGAAAGAGCCAGAUCCUUCAUAACUUGGCUUAGAGACAACAGACCGUUAAGCCCAGUUCUGCACGUGGUAAAAGAUGAGAGUCCUGCCAAAACGGAAUUUUUUCAACAUUUGAUUGAAGACCGGACAGAAGCCGCAUUCUCUUACUAUGAAUUUUUGCUUCACAUUCAGCAGCAGAUUUGUAAGUGAAGCGAGUAAAGUUGCAGAAGAAGAAGAUCUGUAACCUCGGUGGAGCACAGCCUGUCAGAGCGAGGGGGGAGAGCGGCACGGGGCGCCGUGGGCACAGGGCACAGCGCAGCACGGUGCUGAGGAGGCCCCGGCGCAGGUCGGGGAGGAAGGGACGCGGCGGGCUGUGUGCAGCCUCAGUUGGUGGCUGAUGGUGCGCCUUCACCAGGUCUAUUUGAAUCGGUUUUGGCCCGUUUGCAGUAGUGCACAAACAGUACAGUGCUCCAUUCAUUGCAAGCCGGCGAGUUUAUGCAGCCGUGUGGAAUGGUCUGUCGUAAUGUACAAUUAGAUCAGUUCGUUUUCCUCAUAAAUUAAUAUGACCUCUCUGGACUUGGACUCUGACGAGAGAUGCCAAAAGGCAGUGGUACCAUGUUAUUUAUAUGAAUUACUUUUUAACAAGGAAUGAUUCGUAUUCAUUAAUUGAAUUCAAUAUUUUCCCUGUAAAAACAAUAGAGUUUCAGUACAUGAACUAUAGAAAAUAUAUAUAAUGUACAUACAUGUUACAUUUGUAAAGAAAUGUAAAAAUGUAACUACAGAAUAUGAGUUGCUUAAGCUGUGCUGCAUCGUUGGGUGACAACUCUUGGUCAGUUAGAGAAUGAGGGUGACUAACGCGCGUCAUGAAUCGAGUCCACAAAAGAAACACAAAACUCUUUGUAAUUCUGUUAAAUCUUUUAUGUGGAUUUAUUUAUGAUCAGCCUACUAAUUAAAAAUAUUUUGCUUGAAAA